GUACUAUAUUUAUGUUCUCUCCUUUCCUUGUCCCUAGUCUUCCUAAUACAUGACAUCUGUGGGCUCAGAGAGACAAGAGCCAAUUUGCUUGCCCAAAUUAGAUGCCAGGUCUUAAUAUAAUUAUGAAAUUUCUUCCUCCCUUUCUUUCAUUUCUUCAAGUAUUUGUUGAGCGUAUACUAUGUGCUAGGUAUUCUCUCUGGUGUCUCCAGUGUUUUUUUCAUGUAUCCCUUUCCCCUCUCUGUGAUUGCUUUCUGUAUCAGAUUUCUUCCUUUCCUCCACCUCUCUGUGACCUGCAAACCUGUUUUCAGGGCAGUUCAGCUAUAAAUCAUUUGCAUGACUCUCAUAGUGCUCCCCUUCCUAGAGAAAUUUGACAUGUGAUUGUCUAUUGUUGUAUCAAAUAUUUCAUGUUCAAUAAAUCUUAGACAUCAGUUUGCAAGCAGGAACCUUCUCCAAAACCUUAGGUCCCACCACUUGGUAACCACCCACUGGGAAUAUCCAUGAGACUGGUCCCUUCAUUGGCUCCUUUUUGAGAAAAUACGUUAACAUUGCUCUUUAGACAGAGUUCCAAAUCCUUUUAAUUGCACACAAGACCCUGCAUAAUCCAGCCUCCUACUUAACAGUUUAGACUCUUUCUGCUCCAUUGGAAGAAAACCACAUUGAAAUUUUGUUGAAUCUUUGAUAGAAAUACCAUCUAACCUUAGCAUGUUUCUACUUGGAGUGUUCUAGUCAUCAACCCCUUUCACCACAAUAACUCCCAUUCCUACUUCAAGUCCCAUUUUAAAUGUUACUACUUAUGGGGAGCUUCCCAGACUCCUAGUGAGACUGGGAUUAGGUUCCCUGAUAAAUGAUCUCAUAGCACCCAAUAAUUUUCAGAGCACCUGAAAAUUGUUGUGUUCAGUUGUUUCAUGAAUGUAUGAAACAUCCAUAGUUGUGUUCAGUUACUUGUCUCAUGGACGUAUACCUCAUCAACUGGUCUUCACAGCUGUUAUGUUUAUUAUUAUGUACCAAGCAUCUGGCAGAAUGCUGGGCUCAUAGUAAAUAUCUGUGGACUAUAUACAUGACCAAUCAUAAGUACUUUGUAGGUACUAAUCAUGAGUACUUACUAAUCCUAUGUACCAUGCCUCUUAAGUCAAAACUUCAUCAAGAGUUUCCUUAUUUAUUAUUUGGUAAUUUAAAAACUGAUUAGCCCUGCCCUGCAGAGUGGUCACCUACUGUCAAGGGCCUCUCAUCUUGGGCAGAUUCUAUACUUGGAUUCUAUUCUCAUUGUCUCACACUUGAGCUUUCCCAAUUUCAGUCCACCCUGUUAGAUCCUACCGAAUUAAUUCUCCCCAAACACUGAUCUGACCAGGUGACUCUUUGGCUUAAAAGAGUUGGCUACAGAAUAAAGCUCAGACCUCCCCUAGCCUUCAAGCCCAUCUGUAUUCUGAUUCGGACCUAAAUUUCUGUAUUCAUUUAUUCUGUAAAGUAAAUGGUUUGUUACACCAUGACGUUUUUAUUCACUAUUUUUGUUUACAUUAUUUAUUCCACUCAGAAGCACCCCCUUCUCUUCUGUUACCAAACUUCGAUCCAUGUUAAGAGUACAGGUUAUGCCCCAUUUUCUCUGUAUAACAAUCCCUAGCCACCUGUGUUAGAAUACUUUCAGCUGUAAGUGAGGAGGCUAAUCUCAAAUGGGUUUAAGAAAGAAAAAGAAUAUUGAUUCAUGUAAUUGAUAAGUCCAAGUAUAGAGUUUAAAUAUGACUUUAGGUAAAAUAUUAUCAGGAAUCAUUCUGUCUGAAUUCUGCUGAUUCUUUUGAUCUGUUGAUUUCUUUCUGAGUUAGUUUUACCAGGGAGUGGGUGACAAUAAGUUUCAUGGGGAGCCCCAUAAACUCAAGGUUAAAAUCCUACCAACUUAACCACCUUGGGAAAAAUGAACUUCUCUUUGUUAAAAGUUCCAACAAAAGUCCUAAAAAAGGAUCGGUUACACGCCCAUCCUGAACCUAUUGCUACGGUACUCUGAUUAACCUGGUCUGGGUCAUUCAUCCAUUCCUAGACAAACAGGCAGAGUAAACCUCACAGAACUGCAUUAACAGACAAUGGGGGUUGGGUGAGUCCCCAUAGGAAAAUCAGAUACUGUUACCAGAAGGGGAAAUGGAAACUAGGCAGGCAAAAACAACAGCUAUCCAUUCUACCACUCCAAAUGUAUGGUCUGAAUAUGCGUUGCUUGGCAGCUCGGGUCAACUAUAAGACUUUGAUUAUCAUCUGUGCGCUCUUCACUUUGGUCACAGUACUUUUGUGGAAUAAGUGUUCCAGUGACAAAGCGAUCCAGGUUCCACGACACUUGAGUAGUGGCUUCAGAGUGGAUGCCUUAGAAAAAAGAGCGGCAGCGUCUGAGAGCAACAACUAUGUGAACCACAUGGCCAAGCAGUCUGAGGAGGCCUUCCCUCAGGAACAGCAGAAAGCUCCCCCUGUUGUUGGGGGCUUCAGUAACAAUGGGGGAAGCAAGGUGUUAGGGCUCAAGUACGAAGAAAUUGACUGCCUCAUAAAUGAUGAACACACAAUUAAAGGGAGACGAGAGGGGAAUGAAGUCUUUCUUCCAUUCACCUGGGUAGAGAAAUAUUUUGACGUUUACGGAAAGGUGGUUCAGUAUGAUGGCUAUGAUCGGUUUGAAUUCUCUCAUAGCUAUUCCAAAGUCUAUGCACAGAGAGCCCCUUAUCACCCUGAUGGUGUGUUUAUGUCCUUUGAAGGCUACAAUGUGGAAGUCCGAGACAGAGUCAAGUGCAUAAGUGGGGUUGAAGGUGUACCUUUAUCUACACAGUGGGGGCCUCAAGGCUAUUUCUACCCAAUCCAGAUUGCACAGUAUGGGUUAAGUCACUAUAGCAAGAAUCUAACUGAGAAACCUCCUCACAUAGAGGUAUAUGAAACAGCAGAAGACAGGGACAAAAACAGCAAGCCCAGUGACUGGACUGUGCCCAAGGGCUGCUUUAUGGCUAGUGUGGCUGAUAAGUCAAGAUUCACCAAUGUUAAACAGUUCAUUGCUCCAGAAACCAGUGAAGGUGUGUCCUUACAACUGGGGAACACAAAAGAUUUUAUUAUUUCAUUUGACCUCAAGUUCUUAACAAAUGGAAGUGUGUCUGUGGUUCUGGAAACAACAGAAAAGAAUCAGCUCUUCACUGUACAUUAUGUCUCAAAUACCCAGCUAAUUGCUUUUAAAGAAAGAGACAUAUACUAUGGCAUCGGGCCCAGAACAUCAUGGAGCACGGUUACCAGGGACCUGGUCACUGACCUCAGGAAAGGAGUGGGUCUUUCCAACACAAAAGCUGUCAAGCCAACAAGAAUAAUGCCCAAGAAGGUGGUUAGGUUGAUUGCGAAGGGAAAGGGCUUCCUUGACAACAUUACCAUCUCUACCACAGCCCACAUGGCUGCCUUCUUCGCUGCCAGUGACUGGCUGGUGAGGAACCAGGAUGAGAAAGGCGGCUGGCCGAUUAUGGUGACCCGUAAGUUAGGGGAAGGCUUCAAGUCUUUAGAGCCAGGGUGGUACUCCGCCAUGGCCCAAGGGCAAGCCAUUUCUACAUUAGUCAGGGCCUAUCUCUUAACAAAAGACCAUAUAUUCCUCAAUUCAGCUUUAAGGGCAACAGCCCCUUACAAGUUUCUGUCAGAGCAGCAUGGAGUCAAGGCUGUGUUUAUGAAUAAACAUGACUGGUAUGAAGAAUAUCCAACUACACCUAGCUCUUUUGUUUUAAAUGGCUUUAUGUAUUCUUUAAUUGGGCUGUAUGACUUAAAAGAAACUGCAGGGGAAAAACUCGGGAAAGAAGCGAGGUCCUUGUACGAGCGUGGCAUGGAAUCCCUUAAAGCCAUGCUCCCCUUGUACGACACUGGCUCAGGAACCAUCUACGACCUCCGGCACUUCAUGCUUGGCAUUGCCCCCAACCUGGCCCGCUGGGACUAUCACACCACCCACAUCAAUCAACUGCAGCUGCUCAGCACCAUUGAUGAGUCCCCAAUCUUCAAAGAAUUUGUCAAGAGGUGGAAGAGCUACCUUAAAGGCAGCCGGGCAAAGCACAACUAGAGCUCAGAACCAAAAUCCUCCGUCAGCCUCUGCUGUUCACAGAAACUAGAGGCUCUAUGUCAGCAGAGCAUAGGCACAUUUUAAAAGGUUGUAUACUAGGUUUUUGUGGAUUACAUCAGUGAUAAAUGAUCCUUAAAACCAGUCUUCUGAGAUAAUUGCAUUCCAUGGGUUUAGUGUUUAGACUGUCGUUGGCAUUUAGAGCAGAAAAGUGUUUAGUCAGUGAGCUGAAUGAAGAUAUUUAACUUGGCCUUGCUUAUGACCCUGUUCAGUUCCACAGCUAGUCCAGUUCUCUCGAUUGGGGAAAGACAACGGUAAGUAGCUCUUAAUGGCCAGCUGUCCAGCACUUGUCUGAAAACUUAGUAUGGGGCUCUUUUAAAAUGUGGUUAUUUAUGUUUAUGUUGAAAGCAGACUUUAAAAAAAUAAUGUGCUAAAAUACAGUAAAUAUGUACUUGUAGCCUGAAUAGUGGACUGUGUGCAACUUUAAAGAUGAUCUUUCUUUUCUAUAAAUUAAUUUCUUAGGGAUGGAUGAGCAUCUGUUGCAUUUGUUCAAGUUGUUAUAUAUGGAGAAUAUUUUGAAUUUAUGGUUUGCUUGAAGUGUGUAAAUUAAAAACACAACCAAUGUUCAGGCUUCACAGUUAUAUAAUGUAAGCACAACUAAAAUGAAACUUGUUGACUGCACAAGAAAUUACAAAACAGAACAAAAAUGUUAUCUGUUUUAUGAAACGAUCUACAAUCAGUAAAGAUUUGAUAAUCAGUAUACCCCCCUCCUUUACCCCCAUUGUGGUGGUUUCUUUUUGCCACUAUCUCAAAUUUUCUAUUCAUUUCAGACUACACUCGAGAGUUUUGUCUAUUUGGGGGGGACAUUUUGGGGAGAUUUGGGAAAUUUUACUAUAAACCUAAAUUUGUGGAGGAGGUAGUAAUUUUAAUAAGUCCACUACCACUGCCUUUCCAACAUUCUUUUCCUCUUUAAAGAAAAAUAUUAGGUCAGAUAUUAUAAGGCUUGUAGCAGAUUUUUUUCCUACUUAGAUCAUUCUUGGUCUACAGCUUUCCAAACUAUUGAUGUACACAAAAUACAUAGUUUUUAUGUAAGCGUUCCAAACUUUUCUGUAUCAGUGUUUUUUCUUUGCAGUUUUUAAUUUUAAAUUAUUUCAGCUCUUGGAUAAAAGUGAUGCUACUAUAUUAGCUGUACAUGUGUAAUCAGACCUUUAUUUGGGUUUUAUAUCUCUCAUACCUCACAUAAAUAGGCAUCAUAGCCCUCAUACCCUGGGCAAUGUCUGCUCUAGGACUUAGGCAGUAGGUCAGAACUGAGGGAGGUUGAUUUUGCUGUCUCUGUUUUAGUGUGUGACAAUACCUUAAAUCAAUACAGUAACUUAUACAGAUUGGAAAUGUGAGAUCCCGUACUUUCAGAGGACUGAGUCUGACACAUGUGGUGCAGUGUGUGUGUGUGUGACCUCUAUGAAAUGCACAUCAAGAGCAAGGUGGGCACCUGUCUGCCCACUGCAUCUUGACUGCACUCAGCCUACCAGCACCACUCAGAAAUGGGAAAAUGCAUACCUGCCUUUGUGCAAAAUACAUGUUAUAUCAGCAGCCGGAACAAAGACCCACAACUGACGUGAAAGUGUUAGCCACUAAGUCGUGUCCAACGCUUUAUGACCUCAUGGACUGUAGCCCACCAGGCUUCUCUGUCCAUGGAAUUCUCGAGGCAAGAAUACUAGAGUGAGUAGCAUUCCCUUGCUCCAGGGGAGCUUCCCAACCCAGGGAUCGAACCUGGGUCUCCUGCAUUGCAGGCAGAGUCUUUACCAUCUGAGCCGCCAGGGAAGCCCAUGGAAACUGUCCAUGGAAAAGUAAGUUGAAACUCCCAGUUUAUAUGACCACAAGUCAAUUUUGCCACAACACAACAGUUGUGGGGUGUUAGGUUUCCCUCUAGCUGUUGACCUUUGUAGUCUUCAUACAUUAGAUGUCUCAAUAAGAAUAUCUAGACUCCUUUUUUAAUUUUAUUUUCAGCACUCAAAAAUAAACUUUCUCCAGUCUGGAAAUCCUUUUUACUCCAUUGUAUUUGUUAUUAUUUAGAUCAGUCCAGAUUUCUGCCUUCUGUUUGCAUACUGCUACUUCAGAUUGAGGGAAUCAGUGAAAACAGUAUGGUACUGCUUCUGUGACAAAUAUCAGUGCCUUAACAAUGUGGCUGUCUUUUCUCACUGAAAAUAGAAAGACAUUUUGAUCUAGAAAUGGCAUUGCAAUUUCUUUGCUGUUGGUCUCAUCCUGCCUUCCAUGUUGCAACAGCAACUCUAUUUUUCCUGUGAUCCCAGGAUUUUCAGAGGGUGAGUUGAACCUGUAGUAUCCCUGGCAGUACAAACCAGUGGUUCUCAAACUUUAGAAUGCCUCACAAUCACCUGGGAGCUUAAUGAAAUACAGAUUCCAGAUAUCCAGUAAAUCUGCCUGUGAAGCUUGGUAGUCUGCAUUUUAAAAAUAAGCAUUCAGGUAAUUUUGAGGCAAAUGAUCUGAGGGACAGGUGGGGAAACACUGCCCAAGACCAUCCAUCAUUUUUGUUCCUUAACACCUAUGGAGUUUUCUAGGGUCUUAAAUCAUGCAAAAUGUUUAGUCUGAGAUUAGAGAGAAUGGGGAAGGUAUUUUACUAUUUUUUUAAAAAUUCUUUAAAUUUUUCCUUGUUCCAAGAUUAUGGGUAUUAGUUGUUUACACUUAUCUUGAGUUAGCUUUGAUGUUUAAAUAAAUCUGUUGCCACUUCAGUUAUAAAACCAGCCAAAAGUUCCCAGAUAAAGGUCAAGUUUGACCCUUUCAGAGUUACUGUACAUAAAGGCUUCAUCCAAAAACCAUCCAGUGUACAUGAGCAAAUACAAGAAAUGACACACAAGCACAACUCUCCAGACGUGGCAGUCCUUUUUCUUUAUAGGUGUGCAAAAGUUUCACUGAAAGCUGCUAUUUUCAUCCUCCUUGUGAUUGUUUUUCUUGUUUCUCCAUUGUACAUGUGGGUUAUAGACCAUGUGUUAAAUAUGCAAUAAAGUGUUUACUGGAUGCCCUUCUGAAGGGUAGUCCUUUGUAAAGCUGUACAGACUUUGCAGUUUAAGCACAAUGUGCACAUGUUAGUUUUAUAUACAGCAAAACUUGAUUUUUUGCAGAUGGAAAGGUAUUUUGUUUCUAUACAAAGUAAAUGGAUUGUUUGUGCUUAAUGUAAAGCUGCUUUAUAUAAUUGUAAAAUAAAGUUUUUAUCUUAAAAGAACUAUA